AGAAGUGAAACGUCUUUUAGCGGGCGUCUGCCUGUACAGCGCCCUGACGUAAUGUGAGGGGACUACGGGCAAGGCUGAGCUGGACCAAUGAGGGGGCGCGAGGGGGCUGGUUUGCCUGUUCUCACGCCCAACCCUCAGACCCAGCCCCAGGAAAGUUUCCCUUCUAGGAAGGAGAGAAGCGAACAUGGCAGCGCGUUGGUGGCUUUGGUGUGUCUCUGCGACCGUGGCGGUGGCACUGCUGGUCGUUUCCGGGGUUCCCUCAGCCUCUGCCCAGAGAAAGAAGGAGAUGGUGUUAUCUGAAAAGGUUAGUCAACUGAUGGAAUGGACCAAUAAAAGGCCUGUAAUAAGAAUGAAUGGAGACAAGUUCCGUCGCCUUGUUAAAGCCCCGCCGAGAAACUACUCCGUUAUUGUCAUGUUCACUGCUCUCCAACUUCAUAGACAAUGUGUCGUGUGCAAGCAAGCUGAUGAAGAAUUCCAGAUCCUGGCAAACUCCUGGCGAUAUUCCAGUGCAUUUACCAACAGGAUAUUUUUUGCUAUGGUGGAUUUUGAUGAAGGCUCUGAUGUAUUUCAGAUGCUAAACAUGAAUUCAGCUCCAACUUUCAUCAACUUUCCUGCAAAAGGGAAACCCAAACGGGGUGAUACAUAUGAGUUGCAGGUGCGUGGAUUUUCAGCUGAGCAGAUUGCCCGGUGGAUUGCUGACAGAACUGAUGUCAAUAUUAGAGUAAUUAGACCCCCAAAUUAUGCUGGCCCCCUUAUGUUGGGAUUGCUUUUGGCUGUUAUUGGUGGACUUGUGUAUCUUCGAAGAAGCAAUAUGGAAUUUCUCUUUAAUAAAACUGGAUGGGCUUUUGCGGCUCUGUGUUUUGUGCUUGCUAUGACAUCUGGUCAAAUGUGGAACCAUAUAAGAGGACCACCAUAUGCUCAUAAGAAUCCCCACACAGGACAUGUGAAUUAUAUCCAUGGAAGCAGCCAAGCCCAGUUUGUAGCUGAAACACACAUUGUUCUUCUGUUUAAUGGUGGGGUUACCUUAGGGAUGGUGCUUUUAUGUGAAGCUGCUACAUCUGACAUGGAUAUUGGAAAGCGAAAGAUAAUGUGUGUGGCUGGCAUUGGACUCGUUGUAUUAUUCUUCAGUUGGAUGCUCUCUAUUUUCAGAUCUAAAUAUCAUGGAUAUCCAUAUAGCUUUCUGAUGAGUUAAAAAGGAUUCCAGAGAUAUGUAGACACUGGAGUAAUGGAAAUUGAAAAAUGAAAAACGUGUGUGUGAAAAGAAGAAUGCAAUUUGUGUAUUUUGUAUUACCUCUUUUUUUCAAGUGAUUAAAAUAGUUAAUCAUUUAACCAAAGAAGAUGUAUAGUGCCUUAAGAAGCAAUUUUCCAUCAAAAUCAUGAAGUAUUUGGAUAUGAUUCUCCUCUUAACCUUCCCUUCCCAGUAAACUUUGUGGAAUAUUUAAUUUAGUGGAAUUAAAUAUUUUUUUUUAAAUUUUAAAGCUACUAAUUCAUUUUAGUUACAA